AUGUCCUUCCUCGACAAGUUCAGAGAGGUGGCGCAGAAGGCCGGCACCCAGGCCACCGCAUUUGCUCAGACGUCCAGUAGGCAGAUCAACGAGCAAGCUCAGGUCGCCCGCGCUGGCUUCUCGCUCCCGAAGGAGUGCGAAAAGGCGGCAAAGGUCCUGCAGGGCUUCCUGGCCGACCCGGAGCAUCCCGACUCGGCGCUCAACUCGAUCCCCAAGGCGGUGCUGCAGCAGGCAAAGGGCCUCGCUGUCUUCACCGUCGUCAAGGCGGGCUUUGUCUGGUCGGCAAAGGCGGGCAGCGGUGUCGUCAUCGCCCGUCUUCCCGACGGUUCCUGGUCCGCCCCCAGCUGCAUCGGAACCGGCGGCGUGGGUUUCGGUCUUCAGAUUGGUGCAGACCUGUCCGAGUUUGUCGUGGUCAUGAACAGCGAGGAAGCCGUCAAGAGCUUCGCUCUGGCCGGCAACCUGACCAUCGGCGGAAGCCUCUCGGCUGCUGCCGGCCCCAUCGGCACGGGCGGCGCCAUCAACGCCGCCAUCAACAACCCCACGCCGCUCUUCUCCUACUCGCGCUCCAAGGGACUCUUUGCCGGCGUCUCGCUCGAAGGCACGGUGCUGGUGGAGCGCAAGGAGACCAACAAGGACUUCUACGGCCAGCCCAUCCCGGCCAUCGACCUCUUGACGGGCAAGGUGCCCGCGCCCGAGGCGGCCAGCGCCAUGUACGAGGUCGUCGAGGCGGCCGAAAUGGUCGACGAGACGGGCGUGCCGCAGCAGGCCUACGUCCCCACGGGCGUGCCCGGCCAGACUGACGCUGCGGGCGGUGCGGCGGGCGGCGUGGCCGGCUACGAUGUCGGAAGUGCCGACAGUGCCGCGGCGCUCGGUGCGAAUGCGGGCAAUCGGCCCAUCUUUGAUGCCGGUCAGCACUAG